AUGGCAGAAAGCAACCUCCCAACAACGGGAGAAGAACUGGAGGUGAAGAAUGAGUUUCCAACUACAGGUGAGAAAACGCAACAGGGAAAGACUUAGUUAUAGUGAUUUUGUACUGUUUGUUAAUUAAGUAUAUCUUAAUUCUGGUGUACUAUUUAUUAGACCACUUCGACUGGAAGGUUCUAGGAAUCCACUAAAUACGCCAGUAUUAGAACGCUAGUUGUAAUUGCACGUAGUUGUGAUCACUAACAAAGUUGAAAUAUCCUCUUAGUAAUUUCAGCAACAGAGGAAAGUCAAGUUACGUCAAGUUAUGCUGAACUGGAUGUAUACAAUGAUCCUUUAAGAGGUGAGAAAACCAGGUGAAAUAAGAUUGUUUGAAAGACGCCCCAGUAAAUAUUUUGUCACAUUUAUAUCAAAAUUUGUGCAUGUUCUGUCAAUAAGUUUUUGAACCAGUAAAAGAUUGUUUCUUCAAAUUCAAACUCUGUUACCAGUAAAAUGAAAACCAAAGGAAACAACAAUUUAUUGCUCGAUCCUCUCAAGUAAGAAUGGGCCAAAAUUUGCCUACAAAGCUUCUGAGUUUUAGAAGUGCUUACUUGUAAAUCAACGCACAAUGUUUUGGAGAUUAACGAUGUAUCUAAAAUUUACACCUAAAAUGAACGAUAUUUGCACAGAAAAAGUAUUAUCCUCUUUGCUCUUGAAAGUAUGCUAAAUUUGGUCAUUUUUAGUAUGAAAGUCAUUUUCGGUAAGAGAGAGCUGUUUUUCUGCCCGUAGACCCGUCAAAGUCGAGUUUUGAAAAAUUUGCAAACGGGUAACUUUUUUAGGACGCCAAAAGGAAAGUAUUUACGCUAACACCUUCUUGUCCUUUACUGUUCAAUACAUGUUUGGCAGAAAUUUUACGCAAUUUGAGAAUUCUACAAGGAAGAGGAGGCAUUUUGUCAUUUUAUCAGAACAUUAAAAGUUUUAUCCUUUUUCGGUCCUUGCUUUGCUUUGCUUUAUGCAUUUUUUCUCAGUAACUCUUGGAGUUUUAUAAUCUAACGUGAUAUUUUGGAAAGCGUAACGCAGGUGUAAAAAAGGGUUUUUGGAAAGUCUCUCGACCUAAAAAAUGUAAACCGAACAGACUUGAUCUGGUAAUAGCCAAGCUACAGCCCAGACUCCCAACAGCUUAUACAUUUUACUUAAACAAACUGUACAGGUAUUAAACUUUUCUGAUUUUUUUUUCAUAGCUUUAAGCUCCUGUAGCCUAAAAGCUCGUUUGGAUAUAUAAAGUUGGCAUCAUCCGUCAAGGGUCGUUUCACUCAUUACUAAAUCAUUAACACUAAAACGUUGUGUUUUCAGAAAUAGCGAAAGUAUGUCUGGAGGAAGGUAAUAAAGAGUACAGACAAGGAGAAGCUAAUAACGCGAUAAACUCCUACACGGAAGGACUUCAAGUGAACUGCAAGGAUAAACGACUGAACGCCAAGCUUUACAGCAACAGGGCAGCAGCUCAUUUCCGUUUGGGUAACAAUUUCAUAUGUAAACAUAUAAAUCUGUCGUGCAGCGUUACAAGGUAACAGAAUACACAAUCUGCAUCAAGGAAAGAAAAAACUUGAGCAACUGCAGAAAAGUAACAUGAAAACAUAAAUCGCCCUGUAGCGGAUGAAAAUUAAGCAAAGAAAUGAUCCUCGUAACAUUUUAAGCAAUUGUAGUUUUUUAAGGCUCCUUUGCUGCAAUUGCAUAUGAUGAGCACUUUUUUAAACUUCAUUUCCUGAAUCUCAUAGCAAACUACGUGGAAUGUCUGGAUGAUGCAACAGUUGCUGUUCAAUUGGAACCCACUUUAAUUAAAGCUAUUAAGAAAGGUGGGUUUUUCAGACAUAAGCCAUCAACAUUCUAUUCUCCGAUUUCGUCAAAAGAGGAUUUUGUGGUUUGUGGCAGGUGACUGCACCCCAAAUGUCAAUUGUAUCUGGUGUUUCAAUGUCUGCUAUGUGGGUAAAAAGGAUAAGAAAAUGUCAAUAAGCUCUCAAAUACCGCCAUCUGGUUAGUUCACGAUGUAGAGCGCCGGAGCUCGAGAGUUCAAGCCCUAGACCAGAACAACACUCGGUCUAAAAAUAUCUGAGGAGAAUGUGCUGCCACCUAGCUAUGACAUCUGCAAAUGGUUUGAUAUCCGUUUCCUGCAUCUUCUCUGUAACUCUUAGCAGGGGACGUUAAAAAACCUGGCAAGGAGGUAACCUGAAAAGAUCCAUUUCAUAAGUUAUACUGCACAAUGCAGUCUGCCCGAAAACUUCCCCGAAAAGUGUUGAAAAGCGCAUAAGAGCACAUUAAAAUGAAGAACGUGCGAGAUAAAUUUAUCGUUAUCAUCAUCAAUUGAAGCUUAAUUGGUGGCCGCUUUGUAUUAGCUCCUUAUUGUUCAUUUUCAGUUCUUCCACAAGUUCAAAUUUCCUUCAUUAUCACAAUUUUUGUUCCCAGCUAAAUGGGAAUUAAGUCCAUUUUAUCAAAAAUCAGUACUUUCAUACCUCAACAGUGAUAAAUUACCUCGCACCACCGAUUAUUCUCCCCUUUUCAGGAGCCAGAGCUUGUGUCCAGCUUUACUGGUAUAAAGAAGCAAGGAGCUGGUUGUAUAUGGGAUUGGCCGUAUCCUUUAACGAAUGUUUCAAACGUGAUACGAGAUGCAUUGCGAGUAAUAUUUCAAGAGAAAUCAAUACGUUCCGGAGAGAUUCUUCAACACAUAACGCAAGCAAUGUUCUCUUAUGCUUCACUGAGCAGUUUAAGUAAGCUAAAAUAUUCUUAAAGAGUUCUUUCGAUUAUUCCACGAAACUUUACUCAAAAGAAGAGGACACAUAAAUUAAUUCUCAGAGUUUGAGCUCAAUGCCCCUCAUUUUUGUCUUCAGACGAGCAUCACUAUGACGACCGAACCUAAACCAAUAAGUGCGCUUCAGAGCUAGUUAAAACUCUACCAUAACUUGAAAUCAAAUCUCUAAAAAGACCCACAUUUGAAUUAUGAUCCCAGUUUUAAGGUUCUAUCUAAUACUCUUGCUGUUUUUUUAAGAUACACAUUUCACCGCAUUUUCACAAAUCUGCUCAUGACCCUUGACACGUUUCAAGGUUGAAAAUAACAACAAACGUCUACUUCAAUUACUACGGAAAACUAAUGCUGAACCAUUAGUCACAGCAAACGGUUCUUCCAAUCUCGGCAACGCUUAUCAAGGUCUAGGACAGUUCAAAACAGCCAUCCAGUACCAUCAACGUCAUCUAGAAAUUGCUAAAGAAGAGGGAGACAAGGCCGGAGAGGGAGGAAGUUAUUGCAAUCUCAGCAACGCUUAUCAAGGUCUAGGACAGUUCAAAACAGCCAUCCAGUACCAUCAACGUCAUCUAGAAAUUGCUAAAGAAGUGGGAGACAAGGCCGGAGAGGGACGAGUUAUGCAAUCUCGGCAACGCUUAUUCGGCAACAACGCUUAUCAAGACAGACAGUUCAAAACAGCCAUCCAGUACCAUCAACGUGAUCUAGAAAUUGCUAAAGAAGUGGGAGACAAGGCCGGAGAGGGAAGAGGUUAUUGCAAUCUCGGCAACGCUUAUCAAGGUCUAGGACAGUUCAAAACAGCCAUCCAGUACCAUCAACGUCAUCUAGAAAUUGCUAAAGAAGUGGGAGACAAGGCCGGAGAGGGAGGAAGUUAUUGCAAUCUCGGCAACGCUUAUGACAGUCUAGGAGAGUUCAAAACAGCCAUCCAAAACAGCCAUCCAGUACCAUCAACGUCAUCUAGAAAUUGCUAAAGAAGUGGGAGACAAGGCCGGAGAGGGACGAAGUUAUUGCAAUCUCGGCAACGCUUAUCAAGGUCUAGGACAGUUCAAAACAGCCAUCCAGUACCAUCAACGUCAUCUAGAAAUUGCUAAAGAAGUGGGAGACAAGGCCGGAGAGGGACGAAGUUAUUGCAAUCUCGGCAACGCUUAUCAAGGUCUAGGACAGUUCAAAACAGCCAUCCAGUACCAUCAACGUGAUCUAGAAAUUGCUAAAGAAGUGGGAGACAAGGCCGGAGAGGGACGAAGUUAUUGCAAUCUCGGCAACGCUUAUCAAGGUCUAGGACAGUUCAAAACAGCCAUCCAGUACCAUCAACGUGAUCUAGAAAUUGCUAAAGAAGUGGGAGACAAGGCCGGAGAGGGACGAAGUUAUGGCAAUCUCGGCAACGCUUAUCAAGGUCUAGGACAGUUCAAAACAGCCAUCCAGUACCAUCAACGUCAUCUAGAAAUUGCUAAAGAAGUGGGAGACAAGGUCGGAGAGGGACGAGGUUAUUGCAAUCUCGGCAACGCUUAUCAAGGUCUAGGACAGUUCAAAACAGCCAUCCAGUACCAUCAACGUGAUCUAGAAAUUGCUAAAGAAGUGGGAGACAAGGCCGGAGAGGGACAAAGUUAUGGCAAUUUUGGCAACGCUUAUCAAGGUCUAAGACAGUUCAAAACAGCCAUCCAGUACUAUCAACGUCAUCUAGAAAUUGCUAAAGAAGUGGGAGACAAGGCCGGAGAGGGACGAAGUUAUGGCAAUCUCGGCAGCGCUUAUGGCAGUCUAGGACAGUUCAAAACAGCCAUCCAGUACCAUCAACGUCAUCUAGAAAUUGCUAAAGAAGUGGGAGAUAAGACCGGAGAGGCGUUCUCACUCUGUUCCCUUGGAAGCAGUUUCGAGUGCCAAGAAAAUCUUAUGAAGGCCUUUGACUGUUACUACUCGAGUGUAGAACUGCAUGAUGAUAUCAGGGCCAGUCUUGAACUCAACGAUCAGUGGAAGAUUUGUUAUCGUAAUCAGCACCAAGUAGCAUACAAAGGUUUCUGGCGUAUACAUCUCAAUCGAGGUCAAGUUGUGAAGGCUCUUCUUGGCACAGAGAAAGGACGUGCUCAAGCUCUGAGAGAUCUCAUGGUCACAAAAUAUAAGCCUGGAGAUUCUUUAAUGCCCAGCGCAUCCCGCAUUUCUCUGAGGUGGGUUCCACUGAGCACAGUGUUCAUAGCUAUUAAUGGACCAUGCGUUUACCUCUGGGUUUGCCUCAGUGAAAAUAAUAUCCAGAUGAGAGAAGUACACGUGAACAAUUAUAAGUAUGAGGAUGAAUUGGAAUGUUUCAUCCAGCUUCUGAACAAAACUGCUCUGAAGGAGAUCGGUGUAAGGGAUACUGUUACAAUCGAAAGUCUUCCUCGUGAUUCGCCGACAGAGGAGGAAGUAGCCGAUGAUGUGAUUCGAGUCGAUGUGAGGCACUCCCAAUCAAGUGCUUUAAAGAAGCUGCAUGACAUCAUCAUUACUCCUAUUGCUGAUCUGAUCGAAGGCAACGAACUAACAUUCGUUCCUGAGGGGCCAUUUUGCCUUGUACCUUACGCAGCGUUGCAGGACUCCAACUCAUCAUAUCUAAGUGAUUCUUUCAAAACUCGUGUGCUUCCUUCUCUGACGACCUUGCAAUUAAUUCAUGAUUGUCCAGCUGACUUUCACACGAAGACUGGUGCAUUGCUUGUCGGCGACCCAUGUUUCAAACAUAUCAUCUAUGAGGGAACACUUUUGGUGCAACUUCCAGGAGCAAGGAAAGAAGUGGAGAUGAUCGGACGUAUACUCAAUGUCUCCCCUCUCACAGGAGAAAUGGCAACAAAAGAUGAAGUGUUGAAACGAAUAACAUCAGUGGCCUUAGUUCACAUAGCAGCGCACGGUAAAAUAGAAACUGGAGAAGUUAUCCUGGCACCAAACACCACAAGAGAUAACCCUCAGCCGCAAGAGAAAGCCUAUCUGCUGACGAUGAAAGAUGUCAUAGAAGCUGGGUUGCGAGCACGUCUGGUUGUACUUAGCUGCUGUCACACUGCUCGUGGGGAGGUCAUGGCCGAGGGUGUGGUCGGCAUGGCGCGUGCACUUUUGGCUGCCGGUGCCCGAUCUGUUGUAGCAACCUUGUGGGCGAUUGGUGACGAAGGAACCCUAGAGUUCAUGAGUUUCUUCUACGAUGCACUUGCCAAAGGCAAGAAGGCCAGUGAAGCUCUCAAUCAGGCCAUGAAGUGUAUGAAAGAAAUUGAAAAGUUCAAGGAGGUUUGGCAGUGGGCACCAUUUGUACUCAUUGGUGACGACGUCAACCUGGAUUUCAAGGAGAUUUAG